AUGAUGUCCAUGAACAGCAAACAGCCACAUUUCGCCAUGCAUCCGAGCUUACCGGAGCCCAAGUAUACGACCCUGCAUUCCAGCUCGGAAGCGAUCCGAAGAGCAUGUCUCCAAACUCCACAGCUGCAGAGCAACAUAUUCGCAAGUCUGGAUGAGACUCUGUUGGCCCGCGCCGAAGCUCUGGCGGCCGUGGACAUCGCCGUGUCUCAGGCCAAGACUCACCCCUUCAAGCCGGACGCGACCUACCACACCAUGAACAGCGUGCCAUGCUCGUCUACCUCCACCGUGCCACUGGCCCACCACCAUCAUCACCACCACCACCAUCCUCACCAGAACCUGGAACCGCAGGACCUCAUGGACCACAUCACCUCCUCGUCGCUCAGCCUCAUGUCGUCGCACGACGGGGCCGGAGGCGGCGGUGGUGGCGGCGGCGGGGGACUGAUCUCCACCUCGGCUCAUCCACAUCCACACUCACACAUGCACGGCUUGAGCCACCUCUCUCACCAGGCUGCUAUGAACAUGAAUUCGCCCCUGACGCACCAUGGGCUCUUACCGGGACACCACGGCGGCGGUCAGGGCGCACCGGGACUGACAAACAACGGACUGCCCUCCAUCAGUGACUCGGACACAGACCCAAGGGAGCUGGAGGCGUUCGCGGAGCGUUUCAAGCAGAGGCGGAUCAAGCUAGGGGUGACACAGGCGGACGUGGGUGGUGCCCUCGCUAACCUGAAAAUUCCCGGUGUGGGCUCGCUUAGCCAAAGUACCAUUUGCCGUUUCGAGUCGUUAACUUUGUCGCAUAACAACAUGAUCGCGCUCAAGCCUAUUCUUCAGGCGUGGCUGGAGGAGGCCGAGGGUGCCCAGAGGGAGAAAAUGAACAAGCCCGAACUUUUCAAUGGGAGCGAAAAGAAGCGAAAGCGGACGUCGAUAGCAGCGCCAGAGAAACGGUCUUUGGAAGCUUACUUUGCCGUACAGCCCCGGCCAUCAUCUGAGAAGAUAGCGGCCAUAGCAGAAAAGUUGGACCUGAAAAAGAACGUUGUGCGGGUAUGGUUUUGCAACCAAAGACAAAAACAAAAGCGGUUGAAAUUUUCGGCGGCCCACUGAUGGACCCUGGCGUUGUAUUUGGACUGAA